AAAAAUACGGGUAUAAAAAGGAAGAAUUAUUUCAAUUUUCAAUCAUAUUUAAAAAAAAAAUUUUGAAAAUGAAAAUUUUUCAAGGAAUUCUAAUUCUUGUCGGUAGUAUUCUUCUACUAGAAUCUACCGAAGGUCAACGUAAUGAAGGGAGAUCUGAUAAUCCUGACGAUUCAUUGACUUCAACUGUUUCUUGGCGACAAUGGAGAUCUGCAAAUCCUGACGAUUCACCUACUACAACUACGUCUUGGUUACGAUGGAGAUCUGCAAAUCCUGACGAUUCAUCGAAUCCUACUAUGACAUGGUUACCGAAGAGAUCUACAAUUCCUGACGAUUCACCUACUACAACUACGUCUUGGUUACGAUGGAGAUCUGCAAAUUCUGACGAUUCAUCUACCACAACUACGCCUUGGUUACGAUGGAGAUCGGUAAAUCCUGACGAUUCACCUACUACAACUACGUCUUGGUUACGAUGGAGAUCUGCAAAUCCUGACGAUUCAUCUACCACAACUACGCCUUGGUUACGAUGGAGAUCGGCAAAUCCUGACGAUUUAUCGAAUCCUACUAUGACAUGGUUACCGAAGAGAUCUACAAUUCCUGACGAUUCAUUUACUACAACUACGUCUUAGUUACGAUGGAGAUCUACAGUUGAUGACUGACUAUUGUCUAAAUCUUUUGAACCGUCAUCAAGGGUAAUUAAAAAUUAAUAAAAAAUAAAGAAAAAUGUAUUAAUAUUAUGAUGAAUAAUAGAAAUAAAAUCUAUUUGUUCAAAUAUAA